UUUUUGCAAGCCCUUUCCAUUUUCCUUAAACUAAAGAUGUCAAGUUCAAAGCUUUUUCUUGGAACAAUUCUUCUUGUGUUGUUAGCGCCAGUGUUUACAAAGGGGGAUUUUUUAUCUCCGCUUGUUGAUAACAUAUGCAACGAAGUAGAAUGUGGGAAAGGAACUUGCCAACCGGCAGUGGGAAGUCCCUUUAACUUCAAAUGCAUUUGUGAACCAAACUGGAAGCGUACUCGUUUGGACAAUGAAGAUGAUCUACAGUUCCUUCCUUGUGUAAUUCCUAAUUGCUCUCUGGAUUACUCAUGCAUGCCGGCUCCUCCUCCAGUUCCACCAUUUCCUAACAAUUUCUCCGUGUUUGACCCAUGCUAUUGGAUGUACUGUGGAGAAGGAACAUGUGUGAAGAACUCAACCUAUGGUCAUACAUGUCAAUGCAAUAAUGGUCGCUCUAAUCUGCUCGACAUCUCAGUUUUCCCUUGUUACAGCGAAUGUGCCCUGGGUUCUGACUGUUCAAGGCUUGGAAUUAAGGUUUCAAAUUCAGUGUCAUCCCCGAAUAACAAUGAUGGAAGCCCCGGUACUUCAAUCAUGCCUGCAAAAUUUCAAUGGAUGGGAAUAAUCAUGUUGAUAUUUGGUGUAGUUCAAGUCUUGAACUAGCACACUGCUGAAGAAUAAUACACAUCUCAUCAAUUAUUCCUCUCUUUAAUGUAUUUUAUAGUUAAAUUUAUUUUUGUACAGUGAGGUAUAACUUCCUUCAUUUCUCUAGGAAAUCGCCACCAUCGCUAGACGCUAGUUACAAUUCCAAUAUAUAUAGC